CUGUUAGUGGGACAUAGAUGGAUUUAAAGCAUGAUUACGUCACUACGCGCUGAUUGGCUAAUUUCCUAUUCAAUCAGCGCCUGAUCGAAGCUUGGAGAACAGGAUAGAAAAUUCUCGUAUUAUUAGCUGCAUGCUGAUUGGUCAAAUCCAGCCCAGUCGAUCACGUGAAUUUUGUUCCAGAAGUUUUCUCAUGUAAAGGCUAUAAAUAGACUAGCAUUGUAUUUAUCUUUGCCUUCAAGCCUUCUAGCCUUCUUCGCUUUCAAGCCUUUUUGCCUUGGCUUUCGCCAUCACCUCCAGCUUCUUAUUCCUUGCUAUUUUGGAAUACAAUCCUUCCUGUUCAACCGUGUUUUGAUUUGUGUUACUUGUCCAGUGUUUUGUGUCAAGAAUACUAAGCAAUAAGAUUUAGCCGGGAAAUAUCGUAAGCAACCGUUACAACAGUGGCGACGGAGAAAAAGGAAAAAAAUUUCAAGAUGCCUAUUUCAGAUGAUCAGCUUAACCGAAUACUACAACAACAGCAAGCACAAUUAGAUGCACAAAUGCGGUUGUUGGAGAUCCUAACUCAACAGCUCAACAUCCAGUGUUCGAGUCCACAUACUGUUUCAAAUACGUCUUGUGAAGCAGUGGCUAACAGCAUACCAGAAUUCGUCUAUAAUCCUGAAUGUGGAAAUACUUUUCUGACGUGGUUCAAACGUUGGGAAGAUACAUUUAGAAUUGAAUUCGGUGAACAAGAUGAUGCAUGGAAGACUCGGUUGUUGCUGCGUAAGUUGGGAAGCAAUGAGUAUGAACGUUACGCUGACCACAUAUUACCGAAGUACCCUCGAGAGCUCAGUUUCGAGGAGACAGUAACUCAGCUGUCAGAUAUUUUCGGCGAAUCAGCAUCAUUGUUUAGUAUUAGAUAUCAUUGUCUAAAUCUGGUGAAACACGAAGAUGAUGAAUAUGCGGUUCUUGCAGACGUCGUCAACAGAGAAUGUGAACGCUUCAAGUUACGCUCGUUGACGGAAGACCAAUUUAAAUGCUUAAUAUUCAUCAAAGCUCUUCAGUCACCGCAAGAUGCUGAAACCAGAACUAGACUUUUGAUUCGAAUGGACCAAGACCCUAACGUCACACUCAGAACAUUGACAGAUGAGUGUAAACGCCUACAAAGUAUCAGGCACGACAACAUGUUGAUUGAACAGGUAAAUCACAAUUUAACCAGCAGUAGUGUCAAUGCUAUUACUAGGUUAAAAGUCCAGAAGCCGAUAGCAUCUCGUAACAAACCAACGACGGCAUGUUGGUUAUGUGGUGAUUGGCACUACGUACGAUUUUGUCCAUUUAAAAAACAUAAAUGUCAGAUGUGCCGUAAACGUGGACAUAAAGAAGGCCAUUGCCAACCAAAUCGUACGUCUCAGCUCAAGAAGAAGCGCAAACGUACUCGACAUGUGGUGAAAUCAGCCGAGUCUAAAUCACUUUCUCUCGUAGCUGCUUUUCAAACAGAAUAUGACGUUCGGAGAAAGUAUGUUACUAUCCAGGUGAACGGUGCAUCAGCUCGUUUCCAAAUCGACACGGCAUCAGAUAUCACCCUAAUGUCUAGAGAAACGUACAACUCGCUGGGAAAACCGCCAAUGAAGCCAUCUAAGAAAACAGUUAAAAGCGCUUCAGGUGGUGUGUUAAAACUGGUUGGUGAGAUACACUGUGAAUUUUCCUUCAACGGAACAAAAUGUACAGGUAUAUGCUAUCUGACAGAACGGCCAAACCUUGAUCUUCUUGGUCUAGAUAUGCUAGAAAAGCUGGGAAUAAUGGAUUUACCCAUUAACAGUGUCUGCAGCGUAUCGUGUUCAUCAGUGGACACCCCGAUACUUAAAAAGAAGACAGGUGAAAGGUUACAAGAUAAACGAAAGAGGAAGUCAGCCUCUGUUUCUCAGAAUAGCCUUGGCCGCGGUACGAAUCUGAAAGCUAACCUACCAGCGAAAGCAGAUGCCAAACCUACUUCACGUCCGAGACGCCCUAUACCAUAUGCUGUUCAUGAGCCUCAACAAAACUUAUCGGUGGGGAAGCAGUCCGAUCGACGGUUGUUUAAAGAUAUGGUUCCUACAAAGCAGGCGGCUCGUAAGAGUACGGGUGGCAAGGCACCCAGGUCGCAGUUGGACCCUAGCACCAGAUCCUACGAAUCUUCUCAAAGGGGAGGUGUUAGUGGGACAUAGAUGGAUUUAAAGCAUGAUUACGUCACUACGCGCUGAUUGGCUAAUUUCCUAUUCAAUCAGCGCCUGAUCGAAGCUUGGAGAACAGGAUAGAAAAUUCUCGUAUUAUUAGCUGCAUGCUGAUUGGUCAAAUCCAGCCCAGUCGAUCACGUGAAUUUUGUUCCAGAAGUUUUCUCAUGUAAAGGCUAUAAAUAGACUAGCAUUGUAUUUAUCUUUGCCUUC